GUGGAGGAGAUGAAAGAGAUUGGAGUGUUUCUCAGUAGUUUGGUUCAGGAGCUGGCUAAUCUGCGUGAGGCUCAUGGUCAAGGGGUGAGUGCCCUGCAGGCCAAACACAACAAGCUGGAAGUGGACAUCCUACAAGCUAAGGAGAGACAUCAGCUGGCUCCGACCUCCACAGCUCUGUCUCAGGUCUGGUGGAGCGUGACCUCCAGUGGCAACUGGGAGUCAGGGAGCACGUCGACAACCAAACUCAGAAACAUCUGUCCAUGAUGGAGACGGUCUCUGCUGAAACUCAGAGCCUCAGUCAGAGUGUCGAGACUUGCUGCACUGAGCUGCUCCAGCAGGCUGAUCAGCAGCUGUCCACUCGUCAGGAGGAGGUGAAGCAGGCUCACACAGCUGUGCUGAACCAGACCUCUGUGGACUGGACGGUUCUGGAGCAGCAGAAGCAGGAGCUCGAGGACCACAUAGAGAAGAGCCAGCAAAUGGUCCACACCUUCCUGAGGGAUGAGCUGCAGCAGGACGUUCCCACCGGUGCGACCCCUCAGCGCCGGGAGUUUGUGUACCCCCGACAGCUGCACAAGGCCAGGAGGCGCAGCGAGCUGCUGGACAGCCUGAGGAGGCAGCAGGAGGAG